UAUAAUAGUGUGUUGCGUUCCACGUUCCAGUGGUCAGUGUCAUCAGCGUGUGACCGGCACUACAGAUGUGUUGUCAUUUAAGGUAAUACAAGAAUAAAACCUUCAAGAUGCCACUAUUCUGUAGAUACUACUCACAGAAGUAUCCCGAAGUGGAUGAUGUAGUAAUGGUAACUGUGAGAAGCAUAGCUGAGAUGGGUGCCUAUGUUCACUUGCUAGAGUACAACAACAUAGAGGGUAUGAUUCUCUUGUCAGAACUCUCAAGACGACGAAUCCGAUCCAUGAAUAAGUUGAUCAGGGUUGGCAAGACUGAACCAGUUGUAGUCAUACGAGUAGACAAGGAGAAAGGUUAUAUUGAUCUUUCCAAAAGAAGAGUUUCUAAAGAAGAUGUGGAACGGUGUACAGAGAAAUUUGCAAAAGCGAAAGCUGUCAACUCUAUUAUUAGACAUGUUGGGGAAUUGCUCGGUUACACAAUCGAAGAGCAGGUUGAAGAGCUGUAUCGUACAACAGCUUGGCACUUCGAAGAAAAAUAUAAGAAGCAAGCUUGUGCCUAUGAUGUCUUCAAGCAGGCAGUUAU